ACGUGAGGCAGGGGUAUUCACUGGAACUUUACAAAACAGGACGAGAGAGAAGGCAAGUUGUCUGGUGAAAACAUGUUAUGAAAGAAAAUGAUUGAAGGAGAGCAAACAGAGGAACGCAUCUUUGCUUUAAACCAGGAGAGCUUGGCAAACUUGGAAAAAUGGACACAGAAAACAGGGAUCUCCCUUGUUCAAAUAAAUGGGCAGAGAAAAUAUGGAGACCCCCCACCAGGUUGGACUGGAUUCCCCCCUUCCUAUGGCUGUGAGGUUUUCAUCAAUCAGAUCCCCCGGGAUGUCUACGAAGACAAGCUCAUCCCUUUGUUCCAGCGGGCGGGCAUGCUCUACGAGUUCAGGCUCAUGAUGAACUUCAGCGGGCAGAAUCGCGGCUUUGCCUAUGCCAAGUACGCUGACCCCAAAAGCGCUGAAGCAGCCAUUCGAAUGUUUAACCGCUACGAGCUGCAGAACGGAUGCUACAUCACGGUGCGUAAGAGUACAGAGAAACGGGUGCUGCUCCUCGAUGAGCUGCCCAGGACUGUGCAGAAAGACAUGCUCCUGCUGCUGCUCAGAAACUUCACAGAGGGAGUGGAGGACCUCAAAAUAAAGCCCAGCCCCAAGGGGAGUGAGAAAGCUUCCGCUUGUGUGCAGUAUGUGUCGCAUCACGCUGCUUCAAUGGCAAAGAAAGACAUAGUGGAAGAAUGUAAGAAGUAUGGCAUGUCCGUCACAGUUCAAUGGUUCAGUCAGAUGGUCAAACCAAAAACCCAGAACAAAAAAAAGCUGGCGGUGGAUACCGAUCCAGGUUUUAUGGAGAGAAAUGCUGAAGCUGGCACCAGAAACAAUGGUAAGAAACCAGAGACAAGUUCCUUCCUUCCCUUGCUGCCCCUGGAAUUGGAAGUCCUGUUAUCUCAAGGUUUUGUUUCACCCGUACUGACUGGGCCCUCUUCUUCCCCAGUUUAUCAGAAACCAAGCUCCCAGGGUGGUGACCAGCAAUACACCUUCAAUAUAAACCAACCCUCCAAAGAGGCGAGAUUGGAUGCGGUUAACUCUUUCAAUCGGCUGUGUAUUAGCUGCCACUUUGGCUGUCCGUGGUACGAUAUGCAGUUACUCCAUACUGGGCCAGACGGCUACCAGUAUUUUGGUGUCAAAGUUUUCGUUCCAGGUUUACCAUUACCCUUUGAAGGAAUUGUAAAAAUCCUGGCGGGUUGCUUAGCAACAGUUCAGGAAGAGGUAAAGAUGGCAGCGGCAAGCCAAAUUCUCAAGGCCUUGUCAAUGGGGUAGUUCCGUAUAUCCUUAAACGCAAACUGGUGGCUCAUUUCUUGGGCCACCAUUUUAUGUUCAAGAUUUCAUUC